AUGCCGUGGGACGUCGGCAAAGCUUUUUACAGCGCUGUCGUCAUCCACCUCUGCGGCGCGACACUGCCUGUGGCACUGAAGCACCGCAGCGACUUUUCGUUGUCUGGAUUGCCCUGGGAUCACUGGGAGGGUCAAUGGAGGUCCAAGCAUCUCUGCUGGGGUGGCUCAUCCCCAUCUACUGAUGCGCUUGGGAAGGUGUUCCAGUUUCCAGCUGAGGAUGUCACUUGCGAGUUCCGCAACGUGUGCUACAGCUUGGCAACAGAGGAGUUUGUCUAUUCCAAGGACUCCGAGCCACACCGACCCCUCCCCCCUGUCAGCAUCUGGAGUGGCCCACCUGAGCCUAUCUUCGGUGGCUACGAUGCGCCGCGCAAGGUACUGCCUCUGCAUGUGCAGGAGUCGUUGGCCCCGCAGAGUGUGCUGAGCGCCCCGACAUAUGUGAUCUUGCGGGGUGCCAGCUCAAAUCUGGCCCACAUGAUCCACGAUAUGAUGCUGCCGCUGGUCAUCCUCCUGUCCCAAGCUGAGGGCAGCCGGGCCGGCGGCCAAAGCGGCCGCCGCUUGAUUUUCUUUUUGGAUGACUGCAAUCCAUCAAGCAUUUACAACAGCCCGCCGGCCAUGCCCAAGCUGAGGCGUAACACAAAGAGAGACACAUGCGAGCGGUUCAGUGAUAUGCUUGUUCACAUCAUCUCCGAUUGGCCAUGGCUCGAUGUGGAGCGCCUGCGCGAGGCCGACCAGGCCGAGGCCGGCAAGCAGGAGAUCUGUUUCUCGCGACUGAUUGCAGGUUCCGGUCGCUACGGUCUCUUCUCGGGCUACAGCGAAGAUAGGCUGAGUGGUCUUUACCUGAACACUAUUGCCAGUGGUCUGUUGGGCACCCACAUGCGGAUGCUGCGUGACUGGGCCUACGAGCGAGUGCUGGAUCCGCACCCAACUGGCCAAUCACACCGUGGCAUGCUGGCGCUGGUACGCAAGCCGUCGGGGGAGCGCCGGGAUCUGGUGAACUUGGGAGAGGUUACAACGUGGUUGGCAGACUGGGCCGAGACCCAUCGACUGCAGUACGUCGAGCUGCGUCUUUGGGCCAUGAAUCUUCAGCAGCAGUUGACGGUACUGUGCCAGGUGCGCAUUUUGGUCACCCAUGCAGGGUCUACACACGCCGCAAGCAGCAUCUUCUUACCUGACUGGGCCAGCGUCAUUGUCAUACCGCAGUGCGGUGGUUGCAAACCGGCUGAGGACAUCCGGGAGGACUGUAGCGGGGACAGCCUGUACCUGAGGCCCUGCUCAGCCGAUGAGAUGACCUUUGAUUUCGUUUGGCCACGGCCUUUGCUGAGGAUCUUCUGGUAUCCGGCCACGCUGCAAGACACCGAAGAGCGAGUCGGACACUUGGACGUUAGGAUCAACCACAGCAUUUUGGUCGCAGUCUUGGAGGAGGCCAGCCAGCACAUGGACUUCCACAUGCCAGAGCCGCAGAUAUCAGAACUCCCGAAGCUGCGGAUCUUCUCAUACACGUGGCCUGAGAUGCUGCAUUUACCGCUGCUGCUCCGCUGUGCUGAAGAGCAGAACCGAGGCCUAUGGCGGACCUGUGCAACGAGCAUCAGUGAGACCUACUGUGGACUUCUUCAUCGACGUCCUGCCUACAUGGAGACUGCGAUUUCAGAUCUUUUGCCUUCUCUUGGCAGCUGCAGCUGUGUGAAUGCAGCUCUUGAGGCCGGGGCUAGUGGAGUGUCCUGGAACUGGCAGCAGCUCUCCAACGUGGCUUUCCUCAAGCUGCAGCUUGCAAGGCACGAGCUCCUUUUUUGGUCAGGCCUAACCAUGGAUACCAUGACCAACAUCUUGUUUGGCAUGCCGCACUCUGUUAUGGGCUUCUUCGGACACCCGUCUUUGCUAGAGCUUCUGCGGCGACGCGCGUUUUAUGAAGACACUGAAGGUUUGGAGUGUUUUGACCGAGAUGACUGCACUGCGAAGCGUGUCUUGACGCUUAUUGAGUGGCUGAUGGUGGCACGAAAUUUGUUCUGUGAACACGGAGGCCUCUCAACUUGGGAGCUAGCGUCCGACGAGGAAAGCAUUGACCUGAUAGAUUUCCGCCGUCACACUCUACUUGUGGAUACCAUGUUUGUGGAGCUUCUCCGCGAUGCACAAGACUCCACAUGGGGACCAAGCGUCAAGCUGCUGCUGAAGGUUCUGCAGGAGGAGCUGGCAGUGGAUUUUGGCUUGAAGUUCCGGGUGACAAGCCCAUGGUGCAGCAACAACAUCAGCGCAGAGAGUGCCGGUGGGGAGCCGGCGCGGCUUUUCACGGACCUGGACUUCUCAUGGUUCUCCGAGCUGUGCGCCUUACGUUUGGAGCCGCAGGAAGGCUCCGAAGCAAACGAAGCUGUAGACUUAGAAUACCUUGAGCCCCACACAGCUGAAGAGCGUUCGACCUGCAAUGCCAGUGAUGCCAGUGAAGGCUCACCCCUAAAGAGGGGUGAUCUCCUAUUCCAUGUGUUGGGCCGUGCCGUGGUGAGCCCACAGCAUCGGCUCACCGACAGCGCAAUGGAAGUCGAGGUGCUGCUUUUCGUUUACAGUCUGGAUGGCUGCAUCCCAGUCGUGAGAGAGAAGGUCGGCCAUGUACUCUCCCAGCCAGCGGUGCCGCUCUUUCCUUGGCGCUGCAGUUUCGACGGCUGGAGUGGCCAAGCUGUUCCAGUCUCCAUGAUGGGCUUCACUCUGACCAUCGUGUGCCCGGUCCCGGCGUGGAUUCGCCAGCCUUCGCUCCUGCGCCUCUUUGCAGAACCUCAGGACAUUCAGCUACCAAUCCCCCUUUGUCAGAAGCAGAGCCAGCCAAAGGAGCGUCUGCGAUUGGCCAUCUGCCUACGGAUCCAUUAUGACAUCAGAGGGCUGAUAAAGGAGUCUGGCUUACCAUAUCUGGUCCGAGAUUGGAUGAACUUUCAUCUUCUCUCAGGGGUGGAUAAAUUGGUGAUCUACGAUGAGGAUGGAUCCUUUGGUGACUUAGACGCUGACUUGUCAAGGCAUCCUCGAGUGAGCUACUUCCCUCGUUGGCCGGAGACGUUUCUGCCACUUCUUUCAAGCCGCUUGCAGUUGGGGAGGCAAGAAGUCGGAAAAGACAGCCUGGCCGCACAGGCCAACUCCCACUGUGUUAUGAUGUUGAAGGGGCAAGUCGACUGGAUUGCCAUGCUGCCCGGCUUUGACACCUUUCUCUGGACUUCGCAAAGCUCGAAGCAGACGGGUGCCUUGAAGGCGGUGCUUGCAACCGUGGAGCCUCACCGCCCAAAGCUGGCCGCUCUUCAGCUCAUGGAGGUGCAGUACACUCAGGGCAAUUAUCCAAAGGGUUCCACACUCUUGUCUCAAAGGAUGCGGGGACCCGCCAUCACCAACCAGUCGCACACGCUUGUCCUGAACCCAGAGAAUGUGCUGGAAGUUGGGAUGGGCCACUUCGCUCUUCCGCGCCAGGAUGCUCACCUUGUGGCAGUUGAGGAGAGUCUGCUGCGGGUGAACCACUACAUUGACUUUGUCGAGUCCGAUGCCUCCCGAUGCCAGAGCUGCACCUUUCUGGACGACAUGCUCAGCCCGGAGCUGGAGUCAGAGCUGGAGAUGAUGCGGAAGACGACCUGA